CUUACGCCCGAAGACAGCUGGGAUAGGCUCCAGCACCCCCCGCGACCCUCGUGAGGAAAAAAGCGGUGGAAAAUGAAUGAAUGAAUGAAUGAAAAUACGGAAAUAAUUUGUAUUAUUAGAAGUAUUAUGGGUUAUUGUCAAUGUACCUGUUCUGGCUAGAGGGCUUCGUAUUCCCAAUGACGUGCAUUGUUAGCUAGCUCAUAUUAACUUUCUUUUUUAAAGUGUUCAUGCACAGAAAAGGGAAAUAUGAGGAAAUAUUAUUAAUUGUGAAGGAUGGGCAAAAUUUCUCCCAAAAGUGCAGGUCCCCUUGAAAUAUGGUACUGAGCGCUGAUGAACCGGGCUGCAGAGUAUCACACAUACCUAAAAGAACUUUUUCAUAAACUAAUUUUACUUGGAUGUUUGAGUAGACUCACUGUAUUGACACUAGUAUAAUUUGUUUGCCAUCUCAAUGUUGGCAUGAGACACCUGAUUCUUGCUGGUUCCCACCAAUGUUUGAAACGCGAUGACCAAACAUAGAAACAAACAUAAUGACUUAAAGUCAAGACAGUUGCAAGAUUUUGAUGUUGUUAUCAAUCACAACGGAACAUGCCUAAUGAGCACAGUGUGAGUGCUCAAGCAUGCCUAACCGUAAAGUUGCGUGAGAACCUGUUGCCAUAGCACAGUUGCUUGCUGUUAUUGAAUUAAUAAUAUAGACAUUGACUUUGUGAUUUAACUAUUUCACAUCCUGCCACAAAAACAUCAGGGAGUGGACUCUUGACUGACGCUAACAGUAAGAUGUUAGCUAAUAAAUUUUACACAGCCACAGCCCUCUGAAAGUCCGGUGUGAGUUUAAAGGCUGUCUGAGACAUUCUUGGCUGGUGUAUAAAAUCACUGCUGCAAUUCCGGACCACAUCAGCCCCAUUGAGGACCUCAAGCUGUCCCUGCCAACAUGAGGAGUGGAUCUUGCACCCAGAAGAGCCUGCCGUUUGGCGGCUGUGGCGGGAGAGUCAGGGUCCAGAGCCCGUUGCCGAUCCGAGUCAGUGGAUCAAUGAGGGACUCUGGACUCUGCGGGGCUGCUGUGAGAACAGAGCACCACCAACACCUCGCCAACGAGAAAGAAGAGAUGCAGGAGUUGAAUGUCAAGUUUGCUGGAUACAUUUCGAAGGUGCAGGCACUGGAGCAGAAGAAUGCCGCGCUUCAGGAGGAACUCUCUACGCUGCAAGGUGGUUGCAAGGGGGGCAAUGCGGACAUCGCAGAAAAGUACAAUCUGAAGUUUAAAGAGGUGCGUGAUCUGAUUGAGGCCCUGACGAAUGAGAAGGGGGCAGCUGAUAUUGAGCAAGGCUACAUUGACGAGGAAGUGCAGAUGUGGAAGCUGAAGCUGGAUGAGGAAGUGGCUCUGAAAGAAGAGGCAGAACUUAUCCUGAGUGAGUUCCAGCAGGAUAUUGACAAUGCCACGCUGCAGAAGGCAGAGUUGGAGAAGCGCAUCGAGCAACUUGUGGCAGAGCUAGAGUUCCUAAAGAAGCUGCAUGAUGAAGAGGUGGCCGACCUAUUGAAGCAGAUAGAGGACUCAAAGGUCACUGUCGAGCUGGAUGAAGAGCGCCCCCAUCUCACCACCUACCUGCGUAACAUGCGGGCUGAGAUGGACGCCGUCGCAGCUCGCAACGUCCAGGAGGCUGAGAAGUGGUACAAGAGCAAGUUCGACACACUCAAGGAGCACGCCGGCAAGCACGAGGAGCAAACAAAAGGCAUGAAGGAAGAGAUCACAACCUUGUACAGCCGGCUGACAGACCUCCAGAGCCAGAUUGACGUCCUGAGGGCUAGCAACGCUGGCCUUGAGCAGCAACUGGAGGAUAUGGAGAUGUCCCAUAUGGAGAAGGCGGGCAGCCUGGAUGAUGUCAUCGCUCAGUUGGAGACCCAGCUCUGCGAGACCAAACUGGAGAUGACCAAGUAUCUUCAGGACUACCAGGAACUUCUUCACACUAAGCUCAAGCUGGAUGCAGAGAUUACCACCUACAGGGAGCUGCUAGAAGGGGAGGAAGUGAGGUUGGGAGUCACCAAAGAUGUGUAAUUUUUUUAGAUUAGUGCUUCUUCACAUGCAUGCAAUUCAAAAGAAAACCUACAGAGCUGUGUAGUGGGGAGAGAGAGCAUCACCGAUUGUCCUUCCCUACCUCACCGUGCAUACUCUAUCUAGGAAGGAUGCAAAUGCAUAUAGACAAGCAGUUCCAUGUUGUUCAUUAUGUAAAUGAAGGCAGGCAUGAUGCCCAGGCCCACCUAGUCACCUUCACUUACACAUUGACCUCAUUUCCAAAAACGGGUCCCCUUGCUUCCCAACCUGUCCUCCCUGCGUCAUAUUUGACACUGCUUCCAAAAAUAACCCCUCUUCCAUUUAGUUGCCUCUUCGGUCCCCCACCCCUCCUUCCAUUUGUCAUCUUUGGCAGCCCUACCGGCUCCUUCGUCCCACCUGAUACGGUUUCUUUCCGAUGGUGGUCGCUCUCCUCACACUUCCUUCAGCUUCUGUCGUCAUUCUUUUGCAGUUAGCGCUUUGUUUGAUCCAGGUUUAUGACUUAACUUUCUUAAAACACUGCUGAGCAGCUGUUAUCUAAUAAAGAUUGAAGUGAGAGCAUACCAAAUCACUGUAUUGAUUCUUUUUGUUGUGUUGCCUUCUCUCCUGGUGAGUCUAUCUAUCCUCCUUCAGGUCCACUGUCCAUAUCCUAGGGGCUCCAUCUGCCUUUAAGUUAUCGUGUAAAUUCAUCUUGGUGGGUUAACUCAAAUUAUUAACUCUUCAAUCUGAGCUGGUUUUCCAAAGCCAUCCCUCUUGGUGCUGGCCAUUUUUGAUAAUUUUGACUGAUUUUUCAAGGCACACAGAAUAUUGUGUUUUAGCAAAACAAAGGUUAGAUUCUUGUCUUUCAUCAGAAAUACAGUAUUUGUUCUACCUUUUUCCAUUCUUUAGAAAUCACCAGUAGAACGCAGGUAAGUUUCAGCAAAAUAUACGUAUACAUUUCAAGCAUAACUUUCAAUUUGACACAAAUUUAGCCAUGUAUAUUGAGCCAAAAAAUGUAAAUAAUUAUGCCACAACAACACAAUGUUUUUUUUUUGUUUUUUUUUACAUGUAUGCUCCAGCAUACCCCUGCAACCAUAGUCUGGAUAAGCAUCAUAGAAAAUGGAUGGGAUGGAUGGGUCACUGAGUCAAGGCUGCGUAUGUCUGGGCCAUGCGUGUGCGCACAGGAAGAAAAAGCUUUGACUCGCUUGGGGAAAAGUUGUUUAGCUGGAAUCAGUUGGCGUAGCCUCAGUCCAUGAGUUCUUACAGACUAGUUUUGAGUCUCGCUGCAGUAUGGGGCAAUGUGCGUCCGUUGUCUGCUCAAUACAAGUGUUAUCAACCCAAUGUGAUGUAGCACACAUGUAGUGUUUGCCGCCACACGGCAAUCAGUGUUUGUAAUGAUCUUUGAGUUUUUUGGAUUAUUUUCACAUCUUUUAAUGGAUCUUUCAUAGUUUUUGCACAAAAAAUUGUGUACCAUUUUUGACCAAUUUGCUUCCCUUUAUGUCCCUUUUUUAAUCCAUGUUUC